UUGUGAAGAAGCCAAAAAUCCCACAACCCCAAUCAUGUCGGUGACUGUCUGAACUGCACCUUCUUUCUCAUAGAAUGAGAUCUCUCUCAUACAUGCACACACACAAAACAAGUACACUGUGUCUCUGUUCUCUGUAGAGAGAGACACAAAAACUGAGUUAGAGAGAGCAAAGAGUUAUGAGAAAAUGGUAAGGCCCUCAGGGAAACAUGGAUCAGCGAGGCUUGUAGUGAUAUGUGUAAGUCUAUUAGGGUUAGCUCUUAUUGCUGAUUUCCUCUGGGCUUCUUCUUCUUCUUCCUCUUCUUCCAAUUCGGCUUUUUCUUCAUAUCAUGACCUAAUUUUGCCCAGUAAUGAUAAACCGAAGCAACCACAACCCAAAAAGAAGGAAGAUGCAUCCGGGAGAGUCUUAUCGGCAACUUUUGCCGAUUUACCUGGCCCGGAAUUAAAAUGGGAAAAGAUGGCAGCUUCACCCGUGCCUCGUCUAGAUGGGGCUGCCAUACAAAUAAAGAAUCUUCUGUAUGUUUUUGCUGGAUACGGAACUAUUGACUACGUACAUUCACAUGUUGAUAUAUACAAUUUUACUGAUAAUACAUGGGGAGGAAGAUUUGAUAUGCCAAAAGAAAUGGCGCACUCACAUUUAGGAAUGGUAACAGAUGGGAGAUACAUUUAUGUAGUCACAGGACAAUAUGGUCCACAGUGCAGAGGGCCUACUGCUCAUACAUUUGUGCUUGAUACUGAGACAAAGCAAUGGAGGGACAUGCCGCCUUUACCAGUCCCUAGGUAUGCACCAGCAACUCAACUCUGGAGAGGUAGACUACAUGUGAUGGGUGGCAGCAAGGAGAACCGAUACGAUCCUUCAUUAGAGCAUUGGAGUCUUGCUGUAAAAGAUGGCAAAGCAUUAGAAAAAGAGUGGAGGACUGAAAUACCCAUUCCCCGUGGAGGACCUCAUAGGGCUUGUAUUGUGGCUGAUGAUCGGCUUUACGUUAUUGGUGGUCAAGAAGGUGAUUUUAUGGCAAAACCUGGAUCACCAAUUUUCAAGUGCUCUCGUAGGAAUGAGGUGGUAUAUGGAAAUGUUUACAUGCUAGAUGAUGAGAUGAAAUGGAAAGAGUUACCUCCCAUGCCAAAGCCAGAUUCCCAUAUUGAAUUUGCUUGGGUUUUUGUUAACAAUUCUUUUGUUAUUGUUGGAGGCACAACAGAUAAACACCCUGUAACCAAGAAAAUGGUUCUAAACGGAGAAGUAUUCCAGUUCAACUUGGGUACACUGAAGUGGUCAGUGAUUGGAAAACUUCCUUUCCGUGUGAAAACCACGCUAGUUGGAUAUUGGAAUGGAUGGUUGUACUUCACAUCCGGACAGAAAGACAAAGGACCAAAUGAUCCAGCACCAAAGAAGGUUAUUGGAGACAUGUAUAGAACCAAAUUGAAAUUGAGCUUGUGACAAAAUUUUCCAUUUUAUUCUUUGCUGGGGUAUAAUCUGCCACACCAACCUUUUGCUAUCUUGUAAACCUAAUCAAACAGGUUUCUGUAUUUUUUUUUUUUUAAUGCAUUUUUUUUUUUUAUUGGCUUAGAAAAAUUCUUCUCCCCGAGUUUAGCCGAAGGACACAGGAAUUGUCCACUCUUUUGUUUCUUUUUUAUUUUUUAAAAUCAAGUUAUUAGGGGAGUGGAUGCUUAUAGUGUUCAGUGUAGCUAUUCAUUGGAAAAUUGGUCAUUUGUAAUUUUCAUUCUAAACAAUGGAGUCAAGCUCCCAUUAGCCUUCACUAUCAAAACUGUCGUCACAUAUGACCCAAAUUGACUCUCAA